AUGGAUGGUAAGAAGAAAAUGUAAUCGCAUGAAUUUAAUAAUUUGGGUUUGUGAGACUAAGUAAAUGUUAAAUGUAUGCCUGAGUUUAUGUUAUUACUGUAAAUUUUUUCUCUAUUAGUCUCCGGGGGCUUCUUAAUUUUAACUCUCACGAAUAAAGAGAAGAGGGGAGAGGGCUUAUUAAAUUUCUGCAAGUCACAGUCUGUUUACACCAUACAUAAAAUACACUACUUUUCUUACUUUUCAUACAGUAAUUGCAAUCAAAGGACUGGUAAUAACCAGUUUCAAAGUGAUUGAAAUAACUAGCACUUUUUUAUAACCUAACAGAAAAAACAUAUUUAAUCUAGGGGGGUUUGAGCUGAGUAGAGGCAUUAUGCCUGCUCAAACUGUCUGAGACAAAGUAAGCCUGUUAUAUAGUCAAACCCCUCUAAAGGACAGCUACCAUAGCGAGACACCCCUCCUAAGCAGACACUCAAAUUGUAUUGGUCCAAACCUCACAUAAAGCCUGGAUUAUAUUCUAACCCCCCCCCUCCCCAUUAUGGACAGUUCUCUUAAGGCAACAGUUUGUCUUCUUUUUAUAGGUGUACCCUGCAAGAGGAAAAUCCCAGAAUCUGCUAAAAAAUGGACAGAGGUGCAAAAAAGAACUUGGUUACAUGAGGAGAUUGCAGCCUUUCUGGACCUAUUCCUGUUUGCUGAAAACACACAAACCAUAUCUGAGCUACAUGAAGGAAUGUCCUACAUGGAACAUGGGAGGCUGUAUGGGUACACAUGCCGUGUAGAUGGAUGCAACGAAGUCUUCAUGUUACAUCCCAUGAGAGUCAAGUACGGCAACUUGGUUUAUACCAAUAAAUAAUUUAUUAAUAUUCUUUUGUUAUUAAACUUUCCUCCUUCCCAUGCAAGGUAGUAGUAUUAUUUAUUCACUGUGUAUUCCAGAUUUUGAUGACUGGAUGCAGGGUUAUAUGUCAAAAAAAUAUGAUUCUAGUUUCAAAAAGUUGUGAUUUGGCAAUAAUUGAUCUGCUGGAUUCCCUAUUAGCUGAGAUCAGUUAAAGAUUUGGUAAUAACUCGGGUCAUUUCAUGUUGUCUUACAUAAUAUGACAAAUAACUAGGGGUUUUCAAUAGAAUUGGUCUACUAUUAUUUUUUGUAGGCAUGAAUGUUCCCAGCACUCCUUCAUUUCACCUGACUUGUUAACAAAUGACGAAAGAGAUAAUGAAGGGUACUACAAAUGCAGAGAUGUCAACUGUUUUCUCCUUUACAAGACCAAAGCUAGUAGAAACAGGCAAGUUAUGUACUGGAAACAUAUCAACUAGUUUCUUGUGUUUAUGGGUGUUUAAGUCAUUUGCAGCAGAUACAUGGCUACUCAGCCUGGCAUUAUUUAUUUGUAUUUUUAGGAAGCAUCCAGGUUUUGUUAUAAAAUGAUCAUUGGCACUGUUGCAUUGCAGUUAUUAACACAGUAUCAGAUUAAAUGCUCUUCAGAUUACAGACACUAACUUGUUCAAAAAAAAUUACUUUGUUUGAGAAAACAUUUUAUAUGGAAGCAAACAAAUCCAUUAAUUUUUCUGGGUAUCUUUAUUUGUAUAGACAUGAACGGAAAACCCACGACAACAUCCCAGAGCAGUCAUCCAGUGUCAGUGGGGAACCCCAAGAGCAAGUAGUAGAGGACUAUAAAUACAACUACCAUGUAGCUCGUCUGUUUUAUGGUCUUCUGAUGGUGAACACUCACGACUCGAUUAGAGAGGGAGAUGCAGCACGACUGAUGGAUUGCAUGAAAAUGUCACUUUUGUUUUUCAAGAAAUUCAAGAAACACAAAUACGCUUACACAGUGCUGUUGUUUCUUUGUAAAGUAUUUGCAAUUUUGUCUGAAAGGGAAGCUUUCCAUCUUUGCUGGAAUCGCUUUUUUAACGGAAAAGGGGGAAAGGGCAAAAACAUCCCACUUGAUUUAAAGAUGGAAUUUUAUAACCACAUGCUGAAAUCGUGUCUGAGAAUGCUUGGAGGAAAUAUCAAUGCCAAGAGUGCCCAAAGAGUUGCUAGAUGUCUGACUAUGAUGCAGAAAGUACUAGAUUCAGUCGACUGUGAUGUUAGGCUAGUUAACAAAAGUGGGGCCCACAAGUUGGUUGAAGCUCAGCAAGCAGUAUCCCAAAUUGUAAAUGAUCUUGUUGAAGGAAAUGUAUUUAGCUUUCAGCGAGGUAGAGAAGGAUAUACUGCUUUUCCAAAUUUUGAAAGAGAUAUCCUAAAGGGUCUUGAUUAUAGAGACUUCUUUUCAUGGUCACGAGAUCUUAUCAAAACAUGGUAUGCUAUGUACGAGUAA